AUGGCUUUAUGCAGCACCCCAAAGGCAGCAGGCAGACUCUCCUCAGCUGCCUGCAGCAGCAGCAGCAGCAGCAGCAGCAGCAACAGUAGCAGUGAGAGUAGCGGCAGAAGAAGCAGCAGAAACAGGAGUGGCAGCAACGGAGAGAAGGGCCAGCAAGAAGCAGAAGCAGCAGAAGCAGCAGCAGCAGCAGCAGCAACAGCAGCGGCAGCAGCAGCAGCAGCAACAGCAGCAGCAGCAGCAGCAGCAAAGCAGCAGCAGCAACAGCAGCAGCAGCAGCAGCAGCAACAGCAGCAACAGCAGCAGCAGCAGCAGCAGCAAGAUCUUUUCAACGGCUGGAGAUAUUCUUGCCGUUCCCAGACCAACUACAACCCCAUAAGACAUUAG